CAGCUGCUGCAGCUCGCUUCAUAUUCCACCAGCAAAUUCAGUCGUUUCUUGUCUUUACACACACAAACAUCAGGGACAAAGAAAAUGUCUUCCGCGUCAACAGCUGCGAGCACAGUGAAGACGGCCAUCGCCGCCGUCUCGAAAACCAUUAUCGGAGGCCGCGUCGCCAGCAAGCCGCCCGCCGAGCGCAUGCACAAGCUCCUCAAGACCUCCUGCGACGUCUUCGAGACGUUCUACAACCCGCUCAACUACAGGACCGGAAACAAGGUCCUCCGCAAGAAAUUCGCGGGGCCGACCGUGGCGUCGUAUUAUCCGCAGAAAUCGCCAGUCACGAUGGGAACUAUCCGCAAGGCGUUUCCUGGGUUUGAAUUCCCGUUGCCGGAGAACGAGCUGUUCCGGAUGUCGAUGGCUGAGGUCCGCCGACGAAGAGGAAAGGGACCACCAACAAAGAAGGACGAAUCUGCUCAAAAGUCGAAGCAUCGCAGACGGUGAACGAAUUCUCUCAACUCUUGAGUUUUUGAUGCCUGUCUUUCUUGCAAUGCUUUCUCCCUUUUUAUCUAUCACCGGAGGUUUUCUUUGAAUUUGAUAUUCAAAAGUUCCGGGCCAUCCUCUCUUUGAAUCGAUUACUACGUUCGGUUUACGCAUCUCACUUUGUACAUAUACACAUCUACCCACACAAAUCUUCUUACCAAGCGACGACACCCGAAUUGUCUGUCUGUCUACCUUUGUUUAUAUGUAAAAUAUACAAUCAUUUAUGCUAUACAAUCAUCGCGCUCAAGA